GCCAGUCCAUACCAGCGAGCAAACGGUUCAUCUUCAAUGCUCCAGCCCAGCUUAGCUCAGUACGAUAAAUACCGUUCAAGUGGUGGGUCUGUUUUGGAGCAACAGAAUAGAAUCGAAAUUGCUGCUAGAGGAACAGCGAAGGCUUUUAGGAUCACCGUGAACCCAACUUUCUAUUUUGGAUAAUACAGACUCUUUACUGGGUCGAGAGCGGUUUUAUCUGUGUUCUUUACGCGACGUUAACGGUAAUUAAAAACCAAAGCGCAACAUGGGGUUCAAGACGAAAAUUAUGAAGGUGGGCCUGUUUGUGAUGAUUUUGGCCGUUCUACCGGGGCUGCCCCCAUAUCCGACGUUUCCCUUCAAGUCGUUCAGUGUUACCCCUUCUCGACCCCUGGAGGGCGUUCUUGCCCCAAAUCAACUCCUAAACAACGCAGAACACUACCUGAAAGAUCAACUGCUAGCUCCGGAAACCAUUCUAGUGAGGGGUAACACAACGUACGCUUCGGUAUACGGUGGCAGGAUACUGGAAAUAUCCGGCAACGAUCAGAUUCGAGUGGUUACCAAAUUCGGAAAGGAAUGUCAGGGCACCUACGACGAGCGAGAAUGCGGCCGCCCCCUUGGAAUGGCAUUCGACACACAAGGCAACAAUCUGAUUGUGGUCGAAGCAUAUACAGGUAUCUGGCAAGUGCAGAUAAAAACUGGCGAACGCAAGCAGUUGAUCUCGCUGGACCGUGUAAUCGAAGGCGGCAAAGUGUCCAGAAAACCCAAAAUGCCCAACGGUAUAGCGGUUGCAAAGAAUGGUGACGUUUACUGGUCGGAUACAUCGUCUGAUUUUGUGUUCGAAAACGCGAUGAUGGCAAUGCUGGUGAAUCCUUCCGGCAGGUUGAUCCAGUACUCGCGAUCAACCGGUAAAAAUCAGGUGCUAAUAGAUGAAGUCUACGGGGCUAACGGUGUUGCACUGAGUCGUGACGAAAGCUUUGUUUUAGUUGGCGAACUCGGAGGUCAACUUAUUCGGCGAUAUUACCUGAAAGGUCCGAAAGCGGGCACACAUGACAUAUUCGCUGACAGGCUGCCUGGAUCGGUGGACAACUUGCUGGCCGACGAAAGUGGCAUUUGGGUUGCGAUCGUGAUCGCGGCCGAUAAGGAAAAUCCUUCCUUGCUAGCGAUGCUAGCUCCUUUCCCGAAUUUGAGAAAAUUCGUCGUUCGAAUGUUGACCCUCAUCGAGCUUCCCUUUGAGUUUGUCUAUCAGAAGACGGGAAAUCACCUGGCUCUGCACGCGUCGAACUUCGUCGGAAACCUAGCCAGCAUAAAGGCACUGUUUCCUAAGCGAGGAACCGUCCUGCGAAUGGAUUGGCAGGGCAAUAUUGUGGCGGCUUUACACAGUGACGAUGGCGUUACGAAUAUGAUAGCGCAUGCCGCCCAAAGCGGGGAGCACCUACUGCUGGGUACACCAAUUUAUCCAUGGAUUGCGAAGGUACGACUCAGUGAGGAGAUUCUGAAGAUGGUAGGAACGUUCGUGCCGCAAAAGGACACCGUUAAGAAGGUGGUGGUGGAGAAAAAACAUGAGUCGAAGGUAAAACAUGAGUUGUAAGAAUUUUGGUUGCUGCUUUAAUAGUUAUAAUAAAUUGUUUAUUGGUUAAAAGUGUGUGUAAUGUGCAAGUAUUUGGUUCUGAAGGAAGUUUCAGUAUGUCAUGUAGUAAUAAACAAGAAAAUUUCUUCAUAAAUAA